GAUGGCUUCCGAACAUUUCAUACCUUCAAAGUUUGUGUUUUCUGCUGAUUAUGCACCUGUGGUAAAAAAUUUACCAAUGCUGGCGGCGCUGGCAGAAGCGUGUCUGUGGCCAGUGGUGUUGCUUCUGUUCGACGACCAGUUCGUGCCCCGGCUGUCAAACUUGUACCGUAGACGAAGUGUUUCGGAUCGGGCUAAACCCCCUCAAGGCUUACACGGCAAGUUUCGCCCGUACAACGGUUCAUUGCAAGAUGCCCGAAGGCCUCCGCCGCCUUCCAGUGGUAGCGAGGCAGUCAGAUUUCCCAUCACCAACGGAUCUUUGUUCGCCAGCCUGGACGGCAGAGUUCCGGUUCUACACAACUACAGACGAGGCGUUAGAACGAUGAGUGGCCUACUGACUUCUCCGCCACCACCACAUUUUAUACACACGGCAACCGAUCCCACGGCGGUCGGUCACUGUUGCGAAGACGAACACAAUCAUCACCACCACCACCACCACCACCAACAGCAGCAGCAACAGCAACAGCAACAACUCCAACAUCGGUCACUGCGGUUCGCCAACAUGGUGACCGCGUCGGCGGCCAUGUCGACGUCGGCGGUGGCCGACUGCAAAGCGGUGGCCGACGACUCGACGCCCGCCGACAGCCUGGACGACCAGUCGAUCGUGACGGGCGUUUCCGCCACCGUCGUCGGGGGCGUUCAAGCGACGGACAGCCGUUUGCCACAAAACUUGCAACAGCUCCGCGAAAAGUUGUACGCUCAAGACGACGACGACGACGACGACGAGACGAGUUGUUGCGGAAGCGACGGUGGCCGGAACGCGGACGACGACGGCGGACGUCGGCUGGACAGGCACGAGGAGAAGGCAGCGGCCGCGGACACGACGGCCGACGACCAGGACGAUUCCUCGGACGACGGGUGCGACAGGAGGGACGACUGCGACGAUUGCGAUGAAGAGGGCGGGUACGCCACGCUGUCCGCCAGGAGCGUGUGCUCGGCCACGACGGCGGCCAACGACGAUUUCGAGUAUUUCGCCGCGUCCGCCGACCGAUCGGCCGGCUAUUGCGGCAGCGAAGACGUCGCGCCGGCACCGGCGGCCGAGCGGUCGCCCGUCGGCGGCCGGGUGCCUUACCAGCGGGCGCCGACCAGACGCGCCAAGCACCACCAGCACACACAGCCGCCGCAGUAUCACCAGCAGCAUCACAGGCUGAAAAUGCGCUCCGCGGCACCGGCCCUGCCGCCCACCCCGCCGACGCCUCGCAGGCCCAAGGCCCGUCUCACGUCCUGUCCGUCGACUCGCUGGUCGGCACAAGCGGCUGCGGACCGCGGCCGCCGCGAGUUAUCCGCAUACCGUCAAAUGCUGCAGCAACAUCAUCAUCAUAAGCAGCAGCAGCAGCAGCAGCAACAGCAGCCUCCGCUUCACCACCCACACCACCAUCACGGCGCGGGAGGCAGACAUCGCGGCGGCUUCGGCGGCAUAGCGGGUAGACGGCUGGGCGGCGGCGGUGGCCGCGGACACCACGGCGGCAGCGUGCCCGAUCUGAAACGGGUGUUCGUCACGGAUUUUUUGUAAGCCAUGUUACCCGGUCCGCGUGUGUUUUGCUCGUCACAAACGUGUCCGGGACGCGUUCUCGGCGUCCCUCGGUUCCCGGUCCAUUUCACCGGCAUCCGUUUCCGUUGUAUUUUUAACGGUUAAAAAAUCGUUUUUUUUUUCUAUUCCUUUUUUUUGAUUUGACUUUUCAUUUUUUAUCGUGUUGACCUAUCGAUACAAUAUUAUUAUUAAAACGCGUGUUUUGUUAUAUCACAUGGGUAUACAAAACGCGACGACAUUAGGUAUUACAUUAUCUGCGUGUAUAUAUUGUGUACAUGCAUACAAUAAUUCUGAGUCACGUAUUCGUAUAUAUUUAGAUAUUUCGAUAAUAAUUUAUUCAAACAUAAAUCUGUUUUUGUGUAUAAAACUAUUUAAAACAUUUGGUUAGUAGGUACUGUUUUACUUUUUUUUUUUUAUAUUAAAAUAUUGAGAGGUACACGUGCGCCAAAUCAAUUCGCAGUAAGAAGGUACGAUACGCAUCUACACAGCCACGUACAACAUUAUUUUAUUGUAAUUUUCGUUAGGAAAUCGACCAAAGACGGAAGAAUUUAUUAUAAUAUGUACCUGUUAUAAUAGUAGAGUUCUAUCACCGCAUUAUUGUACCGUGUCUAAGUCUAAAAGUUCGUUUUCGUCGUGUUUCUAUUCUUAUACGGCUAUUAUUAUUCAUAUAUUAUAAUAAUAUAUGAAUGAUAUAUUAUUGAAUAUUAUUAUAUCAUUA